AUGCUCAAACCGUUGCUUCUUCUCCAAUCGUUCUUCUUCUUCCUCUUCAAUGUUGUUUUCGUCGGAGGACGGCGAAUUGGCGGCGGUUUCUCGGCGGAGGAGAAUCCGUUCACUCCUAAAGCGUCUCUGGUUCGUUACUGGAACAAGGAGAUCCGUAGCCAAUCUCUCAGAUCGGAGUUUCUAAUCUCCAAGGCUUCGCCGCUAAACGCCGUCGACUCGGCGACUUUCGCAAAACUCGCCGCCCAGAACUCGCUCCCGACUCGUCUCCCCGAUUUCUGCUCCGCCGCGAACCUCUUCUGUUUCCCGGAUUUGAGCCCGAGUCUCGAGAAGCACAGCGACGACGUCAAGUUCUCCGUCUACGACCAGAAAAACUUCACCAACUACGGCAAUGCCAAACCGCUCCCGACUCGUCUCCCCGAUUUCUGCUCCGCCGCGAACCUCUUCUGUUUCCCGGAUUUGAGCCCGAGUCUCGAGAAGCACAGCGACGACGUCAAGUUCUCCGUCUACGACCAGAAAAACUUCACCAACUACGGCAAUGCCAAACCCGGCGGCGCCGACUCGUUCAAAACUUACUCGAAAGACGGAAAUGUCGUCACCGAUUCGUUCCGGAGGUACAGCCGUAACUCGGAGGCUCACGACGAUAAAUUCACCGUUUACGCCGACAGCAGCAACGUCGUCGAGGAAAACUUCAAUUCCUACGGAACUUUCGGGACCGGCGGCGUCGGCGAAUUCACAAACUACCAGAACAACGUUAACAACCCGACGAGCCGAUUCACGGCGUAUUCCGACGGCGGUCUCGGUCGCACUCAGACAUUCAAGACAUACACGAAAGACGCCAACGCCGGUAACGGCCAAUCGUUCACCAGCUACGGCAAAAACGGAAACGGAUUACCCAACGAAUUCUCCUCCUACGGCGAAUCCUCUAACGUAAUCGGCUCCGGUUUCUCCAAUUACGGCGAGAAAACAAACGUCGCCAACGACAGCUUCACCAGCUACGGAACCGACGGCAAUGUCCCGCAGAACAACUUCAAAAACUACGGCGAUUCCGGUAGCAACUCCGACGACACCUUCGCGAAUUACAGAGACAAGGCCAACGUCGGCGACGAUUCGUUCUCCUCCUACUCCAAAGACUCGAGCAACAGCAAGGUCAAUUUCGUAAAUUACGGCAAAUCCUUCAAUCCCGGAUCGGAAACUUUCACCGGUUACGGCAAAGGAGCUAUCGGAAACAUAAUCGGAUUCAAAAUCUACACUCCAAACUCGACUUUCAAAGAAUACGCCUCCAAAAAGGGGGCCAGCUUCGCCAAAUACAACGUCUCUUCCACUUCCGCCACCACCGCCGGCGAUGGCAAAACCGUUAAUAAGUGGAUCGAGCCGGGCAAAUUCUUCAGAGAAUCGACGCUCAAAGAAGGAACAGUGAUUCCGAUGCCUGACAUUAAGGAUAAAAUGCCUAAAAGGUCGUUUUUACCCCGGACCAUAAUCUCGAAACUACCCUUCACCACAUCCAAAAUCGGAGAGAUCAACAGAAUUUUCCACGCCGGAGAGAACUCGUCGAUGGGGCACAUAAUCACCGACGCGGUGACCGAGUGCGAGAGGCCCGCGAGCGCCGGUGAGACGAAGCGGUGCGUCGGAUCGGCGGAGGACAUGAUUGAUUUCGCAACGUCGGUGCUCGGUCGCAGCGUGGUGGUCCGGACGACGGAGAACACGGCCGGGUCAAAGCAAAAGGUGAUGAUCGGUAAAGUCAACGGAAUCAACGGCGGGAAAAUAACGAAAGCGGUUUCGUGUCAUCAGAGUCUGUACCCGUAUCUACUGUACUACUGCCACUCGGUACCUAAGGUUCGGGUCUACGAAGCUGAUAUUCUGGAGUUGAACAGUAAGACCAAGAUCAACCACGGAAUCGCCAUCUGUCACAUUGACACGUCAUCUUGGGGUCCGAACCACGGAGCUUUCUUAGCUCUCGGGUCGAAACCGGGUCGGAUCGAGGUUUGUCACUGGAUAUUUGAGAACGACAUGAACUGGGCUAUCGCCGAUUAA